UCUAUGUGUAUGAGUAAGGGACAAGAAAGAAAGAACGAGAUUCUCCAAUGUCGAUCACUAUCUUCGAAGCCUGCAAAAAGAGAGUAAGAAAGCCGAAGUUAUUUGGAUUUCACACAUUCGGAGAUCCAGGAUGCCCAAUCGAUCUCACAGGUCCGUUUAGAGACAACAUUAGAGUGUUCGUUCAAGAAUGUGGAGAGAUCGAACAAUACCAGGUCGAAGGGAUGCCAACCUGGUGUACCAUGCUUGUUAAUGAAAACAAUGGCGUUGCUCUUCCUCUCUUUACAGUUGAAGAGAGCGUGAAAUACUCACGUCGCCCUUUCUGCGAUCAUUGCCGAUGUGCUGGAUGGAGUCAUCACUUCGUGUCGAAGCGCCGAUACCACUUGAUAAUUCCGAUCGACGACGAGUGGACUAGGCCACUGGAAGGACGUGUUUUCGAUCUUCAAACUCACCUCCUGCAUGGUUUAAUUCAUUGUAAUGGAUUCGGGCAUCUUCUCUGCAUCAACGGAAUCGAAGGGGGUUCGAAGUCUCUGUGCGGAAGAGAGGUCAUGGAUCUCUGGGAUCGCAUUUGCACGCAACUCCGAACUCGUAAAAUUACAGUGGUAGAUUUGUCGAAGAAGAGAUCCAUGGAUCUCCGAUUGCUUCACGGCGUCGCUUAUGGGCACCCCUGGUUUGGGCGCUGGGGUUACAAAUUCCACCGUGGGAGCUUCGGAGUUACAGAACACCAAUACGACAGAGCAAUUGAAAUCCUCAGUUCUCUGAAUCUCGACCAGAUCCUCAACGACUUCAUCGAUACUGCCAAAGAGGAACAACUCAAAGGCAUAAUUCGAAAUUUCAGAGACGCAAGUGAAACCAGGUUAAUCACCCUCAGAGAUCUCCUACGCUUCAUGCUCGCCCUAAAAGCCAGAGCUCCCGUUCAAAGGAAAAUCAUUUUGUCUGCAGCAACCAUGAAACCACCAAUAAAAUCAACCUAUAAACGUAAGUCUCCAUCAAAGGAGAAACCAGUGAAGCUCAGAAAAUUCUCUCCUUUUGCGGCAAAUGCAGAGAGCAGAUGGCCUUCAAGGCGGUUAGAAUACGCUGCUGAAGUGAUAGUCGAAGCACUGAAAGAGAAGAAAGCCACCAACAAGAGCCAAGUUGGAAUGUCUCGGCAGGAAGUGCGUGACGCAGCCAGACUGCAGAUCGGGGACACGGGUCUCCUUGAUUUCGUCCUAAAGUCUUUGAACAACUUCAUCGUCGGCAAUCAUGUCGUUCGUCGAGCUAUUAAUCCAUCCACGAGAGUGCUAGAGUAUACAAUCGAUGAGGUGGUUGACGGAAUUGUUGCAGUGGAAGUAAGGAACGUAACUCCUGUAGAUGAUGUGGUUUUGGAGAAGCCGUUUCGUGCUCAGAUACUGUUAUCGAAUUCGUUGGAUGGAUCGAACAUUUACGAAGAUAUUCUGUUUCUGUACCGAACGGUGCUGCUGGAAGGCUAUCCAGAGACGGAGCUGGUGGGUUUGGCUUGUCGGGUUGUUUUGGACUGCAAGCAUUUCGUGAAACAAUGGCACUGCAACGACGAGGAUGAGUUACUGAGGUUCGAAUGUGGAGUGAUUCCGAGUGAAACAGACAUGGAAUCAUUCCUGACGCGUCCAUUACCACCAGGUGAGCUGGUGGUGCUUCAGCCGUAUGCGACGGUGGGAGAGUUGAAGAUAGCGGUGGAGAGGGCGAUGAGAGAUACGUAUUGCUUGAUGGGAAAGUUCGAGGCUAAUGAAGUGGAGGGGUUGAGGGAGGUAGAGGAUGAGGAGGUGCUCUUUGGAACUGUGGAGUCGGGUGCGCAGGUUUGGGUGAGGGGGAGUGGGGUUGAGUUGGAGAAGGAGAAGCUGCGGUACGAGGGCGGUACGGACAAUUGGACGGUGGACUGUUCUUGCGGUGCGAAGGACGAUGACGGGGAGAGGAUGGUUGCUUGCGACAUAUGCGAGGUGUGGCAGCACACGCGUUGCGGCGGCAUUGAAGACAGCGAAGCUCCGCCGUUGCUGUUUGUCUGCGAAAGGUGCCGCACCUCUAUCAUGCCACAGUUGACUGGGUUUGACGUUCAGUAUUCAAAUGGUGUCGACGAUUUCUUGUUAGAGUGCGCCUAGAGGGGAAGC